GGUCAGGUGAUCCAGCAGCAGGCAGGCCCUUCUCGGCUUCUUCUCCUUCGAUUUGGCUCCAAUGUCGGAGGUGUUUGCGCCUGGAAGAAAUGGACUCUGGCAAUGCUCGAAUUUGAUCAUUCAGAGAUCCGAUCAGUUGAGUCUGUGAAUGGCGCCAAAACAGGACCCUAAACCUAAAUUUCAAGAAGGUGAAAGAGUCCUGUGCUUUCAUGGGCCACUGCUCUAUGAGGCAAAGUGUGUAAAGAUCAACAUUAAGGAGAAGCAGAUUAAAUACUUCAUUCAUUACAGCGGAUGGAACAAAAACUGGGAUGAAUGGGUUCCUGAGAGCAGAGUUCUCAAAUAUGUGGACAGCAACCUUGCGAAACAAAAAGAGCUUCAAAAGGCUAAUCAGGACCACUAUGUUGAGGGAAAGAUGAGGGGUUUAGCACCAAGCAAGAAGAUUGCUGCUGUGCAGCAGAAAAAUGUUGAUCUGAAAGUGAAGAAGGCAAAACAGAAAAUCCCAGGGCCGGGGGAAGGUACCAGCAGCGGAGAAACGCCGCAGGGGCCACGGAAGAAGAGGGCUCGAGUUGAUCCCACUGUGGAGAGUGAGGAGAUGUUCACCAACCGUGUGGAGGUGAAGGUAAAGAUCCCGGAGGAGCUUAAACCCUGGCUGGUGGACGACUGGGACCUCAUCACUCGACAGAAACAGUUAUUUCAUCUGCCUGCUAAGAAGAACGUCGAGACUGUCUUGGAGGACUAUGCAAGCUAUAAGAAAUCUAAAGGAAACUCUGACAACAAAGAGUAUGCUGUGAACGAAGUUGUGGCGGGGAUUCGCGAGUACUUUAACGUCAUGCUGGGCACUCAGCUGCUUUACAAGUUUGAGAGGCCGCAGUAUGCUGAGAUCUUGGCUGAACACCCGGACAUGCCCAUGUCUCAGGUGUACGGGGCUCCACACCUGCUGCGCCUAUUUGUUCGUAUAGGAGCCAUGCUGGCCUACACUCCACUGGAUGAAAAGAGUCUGGCUUUGCUGCUGAGUUACCUCCAAGAUUUCCUAAAGUACCUGGUGAAGAAUUCCUCCACCCUCUUCAGUGCCACGGACUACGAGGUUGCUCCCCCAGAGUAUCACCGUAAGGCUGUGUGAGAGCUCUGAGCACACCCGCCUUCUCCCAGACCACAUGUAAAAACUACACAUGGAUGAGAUUUUUCACUUGAGCAGCUCGCUUCUUCCACAAAGGUCUCAGGAGCUUGUCACGAAUAAGAACAAAAAAAACGAUUAAGAAAAACUUUUUAAAGAUUUAUCUUGGUUCUUUUCUCUCCCUUUCGUCCUUUUCUGGCACUUAAUUAAAAGAAACAUGAAAAAAAGAUUCAGUUUUCUGUCACCAACUUUCAACAAGCAGCUCUUUUGAUGUUUUUGUGCAUUCCCUCUGAUAGAUAUUUGUUAACUGUUGCAUGUGUGUAUUUUUGACGGUUUCUCUUGCCACGUGUGGUGCAAUUCAAAGCUGGACUAUGUUGUCAGCACUCAGCAUUUAAUGUUUUUUUUAUCUGUAACCUGUGUAUUUGUAUUGAUUUGUUAAAAAAAAAUGUUUCUACAGAA